GCGGCAAACCAGAAGCAUGGGGCCGCCCCUAGGCGUCUCUUGCGCGGGCACAUGCUAAUUAAUGGAGGCGGUUGCGGCGUCAGGCCCCAUGGGCGCCAUGAUGGAGCACAUGUCGGCGGUGCUGGAGCUGUUGUACCCGGUGGCGGGCGGCGAUGCCCAGGGAGGCCCUGGCCGCGCGCCAUGGAGGGCAUGUCCUGCGGCGGCGGCAAGUCCGUCAUCGGCGUCCCCUGCGCUUGAGCCCACCAUCGCCUUCAUAGCCAAAGAAUACCACCAUGGGUGUCGCCUGAGCUUCUCCUUGCUGCAGCUGCAUCGCGCGUUCCCCGGUGCACUGCUGCGCGACCUCACCUGAUCCGGGUGCCGAUGAAGACACGCCCAUAGCAUGUUUGUUGAAAUGCCCAUAAGAAAAUUGGAGAGAGAAAGAAGAAGACUCUAGUCAUUGACAGGUGGGGCCCUCGUCCAACUCAGUAAAUUGUCCACACAAGCACGCCACGUCAGCCCGUCAGGUGGGACCUACCCGUCGGUUUUGCUUUUUUCCGACCAAAUUAAACAAUCAGUGCUCCGCGUUAUUGAUUAGGCACAGAGUUGGUGAUUUUUUGUGCCCUGACUCAAAUGUGAUAUCAAGUUGUUACCCUAACACCAAGUGUGGUGGUUUUAGGUACUCCUUUUGAGACGAGAAGCUCGAAAACUACUCUCUUUGUCCCAUAAUAUAAGCGCGUAUUUGACACUACUACACUAGUGUAGAAAACGCUCUUAUAUUAGGAAUAUCGGGUCACGAAGAACAAGAUUUUAAGUUUUACUCGUUUUACUUUUUUAUUCUCUUUCAAAUAGACAACCCUGUAUUAUUGGGCCCAAAUCUGGUCCGUGGUGGUGGUACGUCCAGUCCCCACCAAAAGCACAUAGGCCCCUUUCGACGCUCCUUCACAACCCAGUGGGCCGCGUUUCCUUCCGGCGCCGCCAAAGCGUUUGGCGUCCAACCCACGCACGCGGCCCCGGCCGUCUCCGCCGUGCCUACGAAGAGAUCGAAGAGGAAGAGGAAGCGGCGUCGCGGCGCACCCCGUUUUUCCAUUCUCGGCUUCCUCGCCCACCGACCACCCCCGCCUCUCCUCCCUCAGCCUAUGCGCCGCCCCACGCCGCCGCCAUUGACGUAAGCCCCUCUCCUCCCUCAGCCUACGCGCCGCCCCACGCCGCCGCCAUUGACGCACAGAUGAUGGGCUCCUCGGGCUCCGGCAAUGGCUCCCGCCACCUCGACCCGGGCCGCGUCCACGAGCUCGUCAUGCGCCGCAAGCCGUACGACCUCCUCCACUACCUGAAUUCCAUACCCGGGGCGUCCGAGGACCCGCACUGCCGCCAGAUCAAAUACGUCGCGGAGACUCUCCUGCUGCUCAUGCGAAGAGGUUUGGUUCCCGGAGACAAGACGCUGAUCGUGGAUUGGGCCCGAAACGCAUGGCUGAACGCGACCCAAAGCAGACUUUUUUCAUCCCAGAUGGUUGGUGGUGGUCCAUCCAAUUUUACUUCAGAUGCAGGUUCAGCACUAUAACCUCUAGCAUAUCUUCUCUUGGUGUCACUGAGCAUUUUGUUGAACGUCAUUUACAGAUUUACCUGAGGAUUUUCCCUGUUAUGAGUUUAUAACUCAUAGAUGGCCGUUUUUAUUGGCAUUUUGUCAAGAUUAUUUUCACAGUAUAUUGUAUAUGUUGUGAACGUAUGACUGUACAUAUACGAUCAAGAUGAUUGCCACAAGGAUUUUAUUUUUCUACUGCCAUGUUUAUCCAAGAUUGAACAUGCAGGUUUUGGUUACAUUAUCUUUCAGGUUAUAAUAUGCAUCCACACAAUUCAAGUUCAUAUUCUGGAAGGAUGUUGACCAAUGAACCUGGCAGUAAUGACUUCAGACAUGCUGCAAUGCAUAAUCAAUUAUCUGCUUCUAACCCAAGGAAUCAUACUGCAACAUUUCCUCCACAGCAAGCAAACUCAACUGAUGUGAUGCUUGAUGGAACCCCUGCUUUUAACUCCGGAACUCAUGCUUCAGCAUAUGUUCCAUUGCGGAAUAAUUCUAAGCUUGGUCAUGAUAUGCACCCACACAAUUCAAGUUCAUAUUCUGGAAGGAUGUCGACCAACGAACCUGGGCUCAGAGAUACUGCAACGCAUAAUCAAUUAUCUGCUUCUUACUCACGGAAUCAUACUGCAACAUUUCCUCAACUGCAAUUAAACUCGAAUGAUGUGAUGCUUGAUGAAACAUUUGCCUUUAACCCUGGAACUCAUGCUUCAGCAUAUGUUCCAUCAGGGGGUUAUUACACACUUGGUCAUAAGAUGCACCCACAAAAUUCAAAUUCAAAUUCUGGAAGGAUGUUGACUAACAAACCUGGUAGUAAUGGGCUCAGAGAUACUGCAACGCAUAAUCAAUUAUCUGCUUCUUACUCACAGAAUCAUACUGCAACAUUUCCUCAACUGCAAUUAAACUCGAAUGAUGUGAUUCUUGAUGAAACAUCUACCUUUAACCCUGGAACUCAUGCUUCAGAAUAUGUUCCAUCACGAGGUUAUUAUACACUUGGUCAUAAUAUGCACCCACACAAUUCAAGUUCAUAUUCUGAAAGGAUGUUGACCAACGAACCUUGUAGUAAUGAGGUCAGAGAUGCUGCAAUGCAUAAUCAGUUAUCUGCUUCUAACUCAAGGAAUUAUACUGCAACUUUUCCUCCAGUGCAGGCAAACUCGAAUGAUGUGCCGCUUGAUGAAACAUCUGCUUUUAACUCCGGAACUCAUGCUUCAGCAUAUGUUCCAUUGCGGGAUAAUCCUACACUUGCACAAGCAUUCAAUGAACUCUUGGAUAAUAUUUUUUCGCCACAAAAGCAUGGUACAGGGACGGUCGGACCACUAUGGCCGUGCCACCCUGGGUCAGAGCAGAAAAGAAAAGUGCUGCCCACAGUAGAUAUCAAAGGAAAGAGACCUGCAUCGAUGAAGGUGACGACGCUGAGGUUGAACGUUGCUUCUUUGGUUGCAGAGGAUGGAAUUAAUAGUGCUGCAGGGGUGUUGAUUAGGAAUGGCAGCACGGCACAAUUCGUCGGUGCAUCAUGCUUUAGUCCGAUACUACGCAGGGAGCCAGCUCUUCUGCUUGCAGCUGCUUGUUGCAAAGGGAUCAAAAUCGCUCUGUCCUAUCAACCAGCUAGUAUCACGCUGGAGUCCCAUCUGCUCCCUCUGCUCAACCCGCUAUACGCCUCUUCGGAUCAACCGCCAGAUGUAGUGCAGCUGAAAGAAUUCCUGAGCCAGGGAUACCCACAUUUCGUAGUCCGGGACAUUCCAGAAGAAUCCAAUCGUGCUGCUUGUGAGUUGGCUCUCAAUGUUUUGCACCUACGGGAGUCCUAUAUGUUCUUCAAUGAUCCGCCAGAAUGGCUUGUCCCUUACCUAGAUCAGUGAGCUUAAAUACUCUUUGAGUUUGAAAACGAUUCACCGGCUACUCAGUAGAAAGCUUCAUGGUGUAGGUAAAUGGCAGGUGCAAGCUUUCAUCUUGAGUGUAGUACUUUAGAUUAGAUAUAGUGAAGUUGAAGCAUACAUACAGUAAUGACGUUCUUUCAACAUCUCACAUACAUGGAUAGUGUCUUGUCUGUCUUCUUGCUGUACUUGUGCACCCAGUUGUGAUAGGUUGUGAUGUAAACCUGGAUAGACCAUAUACUGAUGAAUAGAAAUGAUUACAGUUGUUCUUUGGUGGUUGUUCA